AGUUAUCGUGCAAAAGUCAUUGAGACAAAUGCCAAAAAAAACUAAGGGUCAGCGGGUCAAGUGUAAGAAUAAUGUAUAAAAAGGCGAAUGCAACCGUUUUGUUUUAAUUGCAAGCCAAUUGAGCACCAGAGCACAUCAGACCUCUUGCUUAUCUAAACAUGUCUUUCUCAACAAAAUCCAUUCUCGCCUCUUUGGCCAUUUGCGUUGUUGCCGUUUCUGGUCUAGCGAUCAACACCCCUGGCGAGUGUCCUGCCGCCACAGUUGAGCAGAACUUCGAUUUCCAAAAGUUCCUUGGUCGUUGGUACCAGUACUCAUCGUACAGCCCUGUCGAGCCUGGCAAGUGCGACACUCACGACUAUACCGACUAUAAAAAUGGCACGUUUGGAUUUAACGAAAUUACCUUCUUGCCCGAGAAAAAUCAGCAGGAGUCCACUGCUGGUCUUCUCUACUCGGCCAAUGAAGCUGGAGAUGGAAAGCUCCUGAUUACCUACCCCCAGUAUGGAAAUGUGCCCAGGAACUACUACGUUUUGGGAACCGACUACGAUCACUUUGCCGUUGUUUGGUCCUGCAGGAGUGACGGUUCAAAGGCCCGUCAGACCGCCUGGAUCAUCACCCGCGAGCGCCAGCCCACUGUUGCCGUGAUUGCAUCUGCCAAUGCUGUCGUCGACCAAAGCGGCAUCGCAAAGGAUUUUGUGCUCACUGAUCAGUCUAACUGCGCCUAAGUGGUUUUUUUUUAAUUGGGUUUUUGUCGAAAUACAAAUAAAUUAAUUUACAUCCAACCCAAUGGUCAAUAUAUAAUUGCUUAAAAA